AUGCCAACCCGCGGCCCCGUCCCCGUCUCUCUAGUCCCCUCCUCCCAAGCAGAAACCCUCAAAGUCGGCCCCCUGACUGUUAGAGUUUUUGAAGACGGGUCAAACACCCAGAACAGAGUCUCAGCCGUGACCAUCACCCUCCCCCCGGGAACGUCAGGGCCGCCAAUGCACUGGCAUCGGUUUCACGACGAGCUCUUCUUCGUCACCAAGGGCACAAUCGUCUUUUCUACCCCGGAAGGGGACGUCGUCGCCAAAACGGGCGACUGCAUGACUGUGCCCCCGGGUGCGAUCCACACGUUCAGGAAUGGGAGUGAGAGCGAGGAAGGGGAGUGCUACAUGACGGCUACGCCGGGGCAUUAUGUUGAUUAUUUCAGAAUGUUGUCCAAGGCUACUGCUGGGUUGGUGGGGGGGAAGUUGGGCAAGGAGGAGACGGAGCAUUUGAUGGCACUGUUUGGAACUUUCCCGCCUGGUGUUGAGAGUGAGCCUUGA